AUGGAUGACAUGUCUGCAGCAACCCCCGACCCUGGGCCACACAGCAACCCCCGACCCUGGGCCACACAACAACCCCCGACCCUGGGCCACACAGCAACCCCCGACGCUGGGCCAAACAGCAACCCCCGACCCUGGGCCACACAGCAACCCCCGACGCUGGGCCAAACAGCAACCCCCGACCCUGGGCCACACAGCAACCCUCGACCCUGGGCCAAACAGCAACCCCCGACCCUGGGCCACACAGCAACCCCCGACGCUGGGCCAAACAGCAACCCCCGACCCUGGGCCACACAGCAACCCCGACCCUGGGCCAAACAACAACCCCGACCCUGGGCCACAAACAACCCCGACCCUGGGCCACACAACAACCCCGACCCUGGGCCACACAACAACCCCCGACGCUGGGCCAAACAACAACCCCGACCCUGGGCCACACAACAACCCCGACCCUGGGCCAAACAGCAACCCCCGACCCUGGGCCAAACAGCAACCCACGACGCUGGGCCACACAACAACCCCGACCCUGGGCCACACAACAACCCCCGACCCUGGGCCACACAACAACCCCCGACCCUGGGCCACACAACAACCCCCGACCCUGGGCCACACAACAACCCCCGACCCUGGGCCACACAACAACCCCCGACCCUGGGCCACACAGCAACCCCGACCCUGGGCCACACAACAACCCCCGACCCUGGACCACACAACAACCCCCUACCCUGGGCCAAACAGCAACCCCGACCCUGGGCCACACAGCAACCCCGAACCCCCACACCCCCCGACCCUGGGCCACACAGCAACCCCCGACCCUGGGCCACACAGCAACCCCGACCCUGGGCCACACAGCAACCCCCGACCCUGGGCCAACAGCAACCCCCGACCCUGGGCCACACAGCAACCCCGACCCUGGGCCACACAACAACCCCCGACCCUGGGCCACACAGCAACCCCCGACCCUGGGCCACACAGCAACCCCCGACCCUGGGCCACACAGCAACCCCCGACCCUGGGCCACACAACAACCCCCGACCCUGGGCCACACAACAACCCCCGACCCUGGGCCACACAGCAACCCCCGACCCUGGGCCACACAGCAACCCCGACCCUGGGCCACACAACAACCCCCGACCCUGGGCCACACAACAACCCCCGACCCUGGGCCACACAGCAACCCCCGACCCUGGGCCACACAGCAACCCCCGACCCUGGGCCACACAGCAACCCCCGACCCUGGGCCAAACAGCAACACCCGACCCCCCUGGGCCACACAGCAACCCCCGACCCUGGGCAACACAGCAACCCCCCGACCCUGGGCCACACAGCAACCCCCCCCCUGGGCCACACAGCAACCCCCGACCCUGGGCCACACAGCAACCCCGACCCUGGGCCACACAGCAACCCCGACCCUGGGCCACACAACAACCCCCCGACCCUGGGCCACACAACAACCCCCCGACCCUGGGCCACACAGCAACCCCCCCGACCCUGGGCCACACAGCAACCCCCGACCCCCCGACGCCUGGGCCACACAACAACCCCCCGACCCUGGGCCACACAGCAACCCCGACCCUGGGCCACACAACAACCCCGACCCUGGGCCACACAGCAACCCCCGACCCUGGGCCACACAGCAACCCCGACGCUGGGCCACACAACAACCCCCGACCCUGGGCCACACAACAACCCCGACGCUGGGCCACACAACAACCCCGACCCUGGGCCACACAACAACCCCCGACCCUGGACCACACAACAACCCCGACCCUGGGCCACACAGCAACCCCCGACCCUGGGCCACACAACAACCCCCGACCCUGGGCCACACAACAACCCCCGACCCUGGGCCACACAGCAACCCCCGACGCUGGGCCACACAGCAACCCCCGACCCCCCUGGACCACACAGCAACCCCCGACCCCCCUGGACCACACAGCAACCCCCGACCCCCCUGGGCCAAACAGCAUCCUGGAUGCCUUCAGAAAGCAGCCUCUUAAUGGCAUCCCUUUCAGAUUUGGAUCUCGCGUCAGACCCAGCUUCUGGACGUUGCAUGCGUUGCCGAGCAUCGAAAGCCAGUCCCCCUUUCAUAGGCCUCUCAUGUCACAGAGAUUGUGA